CCAGGGCCGAGUGCGCGCUAUAAACGACAGCGGACCGGUCUCGUCCAGCGAGUCACGUAAUUGACAGAUAGCGUCGCUGAGGGGAGAGAUAAUAACUGCUCUCGCAAGUCAUCCGCCAGCGCGAGAACGGUUUGGAACUGCUGAGCUAAGGCUGCGGUAGCAGUGGCACCGACUAACAUCGGCCGAAGUCGGUCGAUCUUUUCAGAUCAGCAAGCCACUUCGUGCGUGGUCAAAUGUUGCCGAUAUCACCGCCUGAACGUACACAUUUUGGACGACAGUAGGUGAAAUUCAAAUCAGUUUGUUUCCUUCGAUCGUAUCUACCGACACAGCACGGAACGCGGACUGUGAGAAACUGCCGCCUCAGCCGGCUGCCGCUUGGAGUGUAGUCCGAGAUGCGACCAAAGAGGGGAACGUCGCUCCACAGAUGGACCUGCUGUUGGGGAAGUACACCGGCGACGAGAACUGCCUCUUCAUCAACGUCAGCACGCCGAAGCUGCCAUCAGAGUGCUCUGGUGGUCUGCUGCCGGUAAUGUUCAUGAUCCACGGAGGAGGACUGGCCGCUCUGUCAGGCAACGAGGACUUCUUCCGUCCAGACUUCCUCAUAGAGAAGGGCGUCGUCUAUGUGUCCUUCAACUAUCGCCUCGGAGUGCUGGGCUUCCUGUGCGCGGGGGACCGUGUGGUGCCGGGGAACAUGGGCUUCAAGGACCAGGUGAUGGCGCUGCGCUGGGUCAAGGACAACAUCGCCAGCUUCGGCGGCGACCCCAACAACAUCACCAUCUUUGGCUGCAGUGCAGGGGGCUGGUCCUGCCACGCCCUCGUGCUCUCUCCACUGGCCAAGGGCCUUUUUCGGAGGACCAUUGCGCACAGUGGUGUGGCUGUGGGGGAUGGUGUGUGCUCUGACCACAUGCGGGCUCGCUCCUUCGCGCUUGGCGCCCACCUGGGCCUCAAGACAGGCGACGCCAAGCAGCUGGUGGACUUCCUGAGGAAACAGCCGCCGCAGCUGCUCGUUGAGAACGCCAUGUUCGGCCGCACUGAAGAGGAUAAGGCCCGCGGUGUGCUGUUCCCGUUCGUGGGCACAGUGGAACCAGCUGAUGCUGAGGGCGGGGCCUUCUUCCUGCGGGAUCCCACGCAGCUGCUGCGCUCUGGGGACUUCCAGCAUGUGCCCCUGAUCAUGGGUGUCUGCACCAAUGAGGGAUCCGUCUUUGCUGCAGAGGUCGUACCUGACAUGGUCCGCGAAUCCAGCUAUGCUAAGAACCCCCGCCUGCUGAUCCCCACCAACCUGCGCUGCCCUGAAGCGGACAGGGACGACGUGGCGGAGGAGAUUCAGUGCUUCUACUUUGGAGACCGCGACAUCGGACCCGACACGCAAGUGGAGCUCUUCACACUUCUAGGGGACCUGAUGUUCACAUACCACGUUGUGCGAGUGGCCAAAAUACACAGCUCCAAGUCGACAGCCCCAGCCCACUUCUUCGUUUUCCACUACACGAAUGAGCAUCUUCCCAAAGGGCCACUAGGAGAGGUGGCCCGAAAGCUCAGGGAGAAAUUUAACGGCGCUGGUCAUGGACAAGACUUUCCGUAUUUCUGCCGCGGCACCAUUUACGGAGAUCCACCGCCAAAAGAUACCUUCGAAGGGAAACUCGCCGAUCAACUGACGCGCCUCUGGACCAACUUCGCUAAAACAAGUCUGGAAUUCCUGUGUGAUGGUCUGCGGAUCUCCAGGCGGGGACUACUCAAGAGGAUGUCGUUAUCAGGAGAAAGAAAACUGGCGUUCUACGGAUCGGAGCGUGGAAUGUCAGAUCCCUUAAUCGAGCAGCCAAGUAGCAGACCCCGAGGUGGAGGUGUCAUGGCCGCCUUUCACGGAGAAGGAUCAAUGCUUCCUGCACAUCACCAGCGGCGGGCUGAACAUAGCUAGGCGGCCGUUCGAGGAGCGGGUGGCCUUCUGGGACAAACUAUACGACCGAUACGACAGCUAGCAGCAGUUUACAAUCCAGCUGCAUCAGAAGAAACCGCGGAAACCUUCUCAUGGCAUGGACAUUACCCACGUUUCGUUUGUAACGACAGAAGCUUCUGGUUGAAAUACACCUAUCUCUAGGAAAUGCAAUGAGUAUUUUAUCAACAACGGUAAUGUGAAAUUCCGGCAGUACACACCUAAUAUAUGUGUAACUAUACCUGUUCUGUCUAUGUAAUGUGAUUGUACAGAACUUCAGACAUUUACGUUAUGCUGUUAUUCUAUUUACCCUGUGCAUUGGGCAAAUAUGCAAUGGAGUGGAGCUAUUCGGAUAGAGCUUGGAGCUAUUUCAGUAAGAUUAAA